AUGGCAGACAAGCAACCGCAGGAUCCCGUCGAAAUGGCUCCCGAUCCAGACGAGGACGAUCUUUCCGACCUUGAUGACAUGCUGGACGAUUUCUCGGCCACCUCGAUCAAAGACCAGAAACCCGCUGCUCCUUCCACGUCUACCGCACAUCCUUCGACAACCGCUCAAUCAAAACCCUCUUCUUCUUCAAUACCCUCACAACCAUCCGCCGAGGGUGAUGACUUUGCCCGUCAAUUACAGGCCGGCAUGGCCGAGCUGCUGGGAGGUCUCGGAGAGGACCCGGAAAUGCAAAAACAAUUCGAGCAGAUGAUGAAAGAGCUCAGUGCUGCCGCCGAACAAGAAGCCGCCGAUACACCCGCCUCAUCAGCGAAUGCCUCCAAGCCGAGUACUGCCCCCGCCCCUCCCACAUCUUCAUCUGCCGCCAAGCCUGCCUUUGCUUCAACCAUAGAGAAGACCAUGGAACGCAUGCAAGCUUCUGGCCAAUCUGCCUCUGCUGCUGCUGCAAGCUCCUCACAAGACGAUAUGCUUGCACAAAUGCUCAAGGAUCUAGAGAACGGCAACUUCCCUGCUAUGGACGGCGAACAAGGAGAUUUUAACUCAAUGCUCAUGGGCAUGAUGGAACAGCUAGUCAACAAAGAUAUCUUGUACGAACCCAUGAAGGAACUGCACGACAACUUCCCCGAAUGGUUGGAGAAGAACAAGGACUCGACCUCAAAACAAGAUAUGGAUCGUUACAAGACACAGCAAUCCGUUGUCAAAGACAUUGUAGAAAGGUUCGAAAAGAAGAACUUUAGCGACGACAACAAGGAAGAUAGAGAGUAUAUUGUGGAUAAGAUGCAACAGAUGCAAGCAGCUGGGGCACCCCCACCUGGCCUAGUCGGUGACAUGAAUGCAGCUCAAGACAUGCUCAGUGAAGCCGACGGCUGUCCACAGCAAUAG